AGCAGUCUCCCCCUACUGUCAGUGCUUUACGGUCUAACCGACCGAGUGUGUCCGUAAACUCGCCGCUGCUUUAAUGCGCUACUAUCGACAUUUUCACAGCCUCUGCUUUUCUUCGGGGUAAUUAUCGCUGCCCAGGCAGAGCAAGGAAAGAAAGAAAGCAGGCACCAAGUCGUCGCCUCGGGUUCUCUUCGAAGGAAUAGGCGGAUCUGAGCGUACACAGAGCAUACCCUGCCAUCCUUGUCUGAUGAAAGAGUCACGACAUCUGCUUCAGAUACACAGACCAUAUUCGCAUACAAAGAUGCAGCCCACUGUGGUUCUUCUCUUCUCCUCGAUCUUCCUCCUGGCUUUCAUCAUCCCAUUCUGCUUCUCCCAGAACGAGGGAGACCUGGUUGUUCAGACACGUACCGGUCGAGUUCGAGGCAUCCGCCAGCUGGUGCCGGAUCAGAGCUACAUAACUGCUUUUCUGGGCAUCCCCUUUGCUGAGCCCCCACUGGGGAACCGCCGUUUCCGUCCUCCAGAACCCAAACGUCCGUGGACUGGAGUGAUCGAGGCCAAGGAAUACCCCAACGCGUGCUAUCAGUAUGUGGACACAGCAUUCCCAGGCUUCCAGGGCAGUGAGAUGUGGAAUCCUAACAGAGACAUGAAUGAGGACUGCCUCUACCUCAAUGUCUGGGUGCCCUCCUCGCCCAGACCUCACAACCUCACUGUCAUGGUGUGGAUCUAUGGUGGAGGCUUCUACAGUGGAUCUUCUUCUCUGGAUGUGUAUGAUGGUCGUUACCUAGCUCACAGCGAGACAGUCAUUGUGGUUUCGAUGAACUACCGGAUCGGUGCUUUCGGCUUCCUGGCUCUGCAUGGCUCCUCCGAGGCUCCUGGCAAUGUCGGCCUCCUUGACCAGAGGAUGGCGCUGCAGUGGGUACAAGACAACAUCCAUUUCUUUGGUGGAAACCCUAAACAGGUUACGAUCUUUGGCGAGAGUGCUGGCGGAGCUUCAGUAGGAUUCCACCUGUUGUCUCCAGACAGCCGACCCACUUUCACUAGAGCCAUCCUCCAGAGCGGGGUCCCCAACUGCCCCUGGGCCUCAGUGAGUCCCGCUGAAGCCCGCAGACGUGCUACACAGCUGGCAAAGUUCGUCGGUUGCAACGGAGGCAAUGACACCGAGAUAAUAGACUGUCUGCGCAGUAAAAGUCCACAGCAACUUAUCGAUCAUGAGUGGCAGGUUCUGCCAUGGUCCGCUCUGUUCCGAUUUUCAUUUGUGCCUCUUGUGGAUGGCGAGUUUCUGCCCGACACUCCUGAGGCCAUGCUCAACUCAGGGAACUUUAAAGACACGCAGAUUCUCCUCGGCGUUAAUCAGAAUGAAGGCUCCUACUUCCUGCUGUAUGGAGCACCAGGCUUCAGCAAGGACAACGACAGUCUGAUCUCCAGAGAGGACUUCCUGGAAAGUGUUAGGCUGAGCGUACCUCAUGCUAAUGAUAUCGGCCUGGAAGCAGUGGUGCUGCAGUACACCGACUGGAUGGAUGAGAAUAAUGAAAUAAAAAACCGUGAUGCCAUGGAUGACAUUGUCGGUGACCACAACGUCAUCUGCCCGCUGGCCCACUUCGCUCGCUCUUAUGCACAACACAAUGCCCUCAAGGCUAAUGUGGGUGGCAUCAACUUUGGUGGGGUGAACAGUGGAAACUCACAAGGAGGGAUGUAUCUUUACCUUUUCGAUCACCGGGCAUCCAAUCUGGCCUGGCCAGAAUGGAUGGGGGUGAUCCAUGGCUAUGAGAUUGAAUUUGUUUUCGGGCUGCCACUGGUGAAGAGGCUCAACUACACCCGAGAUGAGGAGAAGCUAAGCCGACGUAUGAUGAAAUAUUGGGCCAACUUUGCUCGGACUGGAAAUCCCAAUGACGUGCAGGGAGAUAGAGGGAAACGCUGGCCUGUGUUUACCGUCAGCGAGCAAAAACACGUUGGCCUCAACACCGAAUCACUCAAGAUUCACAAAGGUUUGCGAAACCAGAUGUGCGCAUUCUGGAAUCGCUUCCUGCCACGCCUUCUCAAUAUUACUGACAACAUAGAUGAGGCAGAACGUCAGUGGAAGGUGGAGUUUCACCGCUGGUCUUCCUACAUGAUGCACUGGAAGAGUCAGUUUGACCACUACAGCAAGCAGGAGCGCUGCACUGACCUCUGAGCGCCUCAGCGAGGAGACGACGGAGAGAAGAGCGGCGAGCGAGCCGUGGCUGUUUUCCUCCAUAGUUCCUGAGUGAAGGCUGACAUCUUUUUGUGGUUCUUUUGGUUCACAGCAUACACAAGCAGAGGCACUGUUGUCAUUUAUUUAUAUUAUUUAUAAUAUUUAUUGUUUUGUUUUUUUAUUUGUGUAUGUGUGUCUGUGGAACUUAAGGGCUGUGGAGUAAAACUUGUCAUUGGAGGAGUAAAGAUGCGUCAUUACCUCGAAUGUGUGUGCGUAACUAUGUGUGCGUCUCAGAAACCGCCCAGUUUGACUCAGAUAACUUAACUGACCCGUCAGACUGCUCCACUACGGAUUUACUGUAACCUCACUCAUCUCUGUGGUCAUUUCGUCACUUUUUUUGCUUUCUGGGGAUUUCUUCUUUCCAACAUAUCAGUUGUAUUUUUGGUCUCAUCACUGUUUUGUUUCUCUUUUAUUUAUUUAGUUAUUUUUAUUAAUACUGUUACAACCACUACUCCCAUUACCUGUACUGGUCUUGCUUUGUUUGUGUGUUUCUCCUGUGGUAAGCCAUAUACUAUUUUGCAUUUAUCUAACUGUUGCUGUGUGUGAAAAUAUCUGAUUCCUCACAUUUUACUCAAUGUUAAAACUGCUGUAUUCUAGUUUGAUGUGAGAUGUAGAUAGUAUAUUACAUCCAGACCAACUGACUGGUGCCUAACUCGCAUUAUAUUACAAGUUCACUCAGUUUCACAGUUGAAUGGAAACAGAAACGAGUCCCGUUGAUGUUUAUGGGUCCUCUUGAGCAUCGCCUGUCUGUUGAAGUGCGUCGGUGCUCAAUUCUUCUAAAUGUUCAGCCUUCCUGUGAGGGUCGAUUCUUCUGCACAACUGCACUGAAUUGUGCAUGUGUGCAUGGCCACCCAGUGUCCUUCACAGGGGUCCCGUGUGCCACUCAUGUGUGAGACAGUAAGCUCGAUCUUUCUUUUCCUCCUUUUUUCUGUCACUCCUGUUUGUCUUCCACCACAACAACCCUUCAUCCAGUCCCUCUCUCUGCUUUCUGCCUCUCCAUCUUCCUUCCCUUUUAUUGUCCUCUCCACUCUAGUUGUCAUCUUCAUCUCUAAUAAACCUCCACCCACCCUCAUUUCUUUCUUACUCUUUUCCUUUAUCCAUUAUUCCCGCCUCUCCCUUCCUGUUUCUCACUUUUAUGUUAGGCCUUUUCCAUUCCUCGUUUGUUUCCUUUCGCUCCCUCCUUUUAGUUAUUCCUUAUUCAUCAUCUGCCGUAUCUGUCCCUCCUUCCUUGUCGGCUCUGUUACAUCACUGCUCCCUCUCCCUUCCCCCUUCCUUGGUGCUCCUGCUUUGUUGUUAGUCUAAUGGAGGUAGAGUAAUUCACUCAGCUGCAGGAUAAUGUGGCAGAGUACUGGCUCAGCCUCUGGCCUGCUAGCCAACAGGACCUGCUGAAUGCAGAGGUGGAGAAGUGAUGGGAAAAUGACAAGACAGAGAAAUGCACUCCUAUGUCACAAAAGUAAUACAGAUAUGCACUGAUCAUUUGAAAACUCAGAUGCGCAUUUUGUUACAUCCAGGGCCAUAAAAAGACGUUUGCAUGUUCGAUCCUGUGAUUUGGUUGCAAACACUCAUGUGUGGCAGCAUUCACCUGCAUUUGAAAGAAAAUCAAGAAAAAGACUUUUAACCUUUAACUUGAUGCUCACAAUUUUCCCAUUUCUGGGUGCUUCGGUGACCCAAGCCGCCUCUUACUCUUACUUAAUGACGAUAAUCUUAUAUUUGCAUAUCUUAUGAAAGAAGUCGGAGCCUGCAUCGUUCCCCGUGUUGUGAGCAUGUUAUACUGAAGAAUCAAGACAGUUUAGUCAGAUUACAACCUUGUUUGCGUAGGAUCCAGAUACCGUUUGUUCCCCUUAUCUUUGUUAAGAUAUGUUGCCUCAUGAGUUAUUAUUAGUUUAGCAGUAAAUGAUUCACUUUACAUCCAGUUGUCUUGUUUACACAAGACCUGUGAUACGAGCUCGGUCACCUGGCAGGUUGUUAUUCAUCCAUAUUUUCUGCACACUAAAUAACUUGUGAAUAUUUAUUAAAGUAAUAUUUGCAUUCAAAUCUAUUAUAUUCUACAUUAAAAGUAUAAUCGUACAAGACUUUGGGGCAACUCUGCCUGAGUUAUGAGUCACUACCACCCAUAUCACUGUGUAUGUAUGUGUGUUAUCACUGUACUUCUGUCAGCCUUUCUUACAUUUCCAUUUGAGUAUUGUGAGGGAGCUGAAGCAACGCUCUGAUUAGCUGUUGGCUGCCCCAGCACAGUGUCCCCGUUGGCAUGUAAAGCUCCUAUUUGUGGCUCAGUCGUGUAGUCUAGCUUUAAAAAGAACUAAAUAUGACAAAAAAAAGUAUUGUACAUGUGUAAAAUACCAGUAAAGAGUGCAUGUUUGAAAGGCCAUGUGACUGACACCUCCUCCCUCCAGCUCCUCUCGGACAGAGAGAUCCUGCUUAAGCCACUUCUAUCGAGUCCUUGUGCAUGUCCAGAAGCCCAUCAUCUGCAGUGUAUCCUACCAAACUCUGACUGUUAUAUUCUGUGAAAUUUGUACUUUCAACAAGCCUAUUAUCCAGUAUCUCAUGUAAGGUACGUUUGAUGUUAGCAAUAACAGAAAUGCAUCAGUAAAGGAAUAUAUUUGAUAUUUAACGCAGUGAAAAUAAAACGUGAUAAAACAGCAACGAUGAGGGGCAGAGUCAUUUUAAAAGCAAUAUUUAUUCAAAGUAUGAACUUAAUGAGUGCCGAUGACUAUUUUCUUGUAUAAACUGUUUGUUUGACUCCUUUUCAGUCCUCUGCCUCAUCGUUGUUUGUUUCAGUCACUGGUACUGUAAGUGUUGAAGGCUUCUGUAGCUUCCCAGUAUGUCUCUGUGUAUGACGAACGCUGAAUUUAUUAAGCUAUAGCAACAGAAAUAAAGGGAGCCUGCUGUCGA